GUUCCCCGGAUGGACUAGGCUCCUCCUACUCAAAAUGGCUACCUAGAGGAAAGUCCACGCUUGUUUGUUGACAUCCACUGAAAUCCCAAAUUUACGCUAAUUUUGAGAAUUGACAGCGUCCAACCAUGUCGCGACUCAUCGUCAAAAACCUUCCCAACGGGAUGAAGGAGGAGAGGUUCAGGACAAUGUUUUCCGCCUUCGGGACUCUGACAGACUGCACCCUGAAGUUCACAAAGGACGGAAAGUUUCGUAAGUUUGGCUUCGUGGGGUUCAAAGCCGAGGAGGAUGCGGAGAGAGCUUUGAAACAUUUUAACAAGAGCUUCGUGGACACAUCCAGAGUGACGGUGGAGAUGUGUAAGGCUUUCGGGGACCCGACUAAAGCCAAGGCCUGGAGCAAACACAGCCAGGACCCUGGGCCUCGCUCCCAGACAGCCUCUGCUGCAGCUGAGCAGGACAAGAAGAAAAAUAAAAAGAAGAAAGAAACCUCCAGUGUUCUGGGCAACCUGGAGGAGGACGAGUCUUUCAAGGAGUUCAUGUCGGUACAUCAGAAUCGCAGUCAGGUACCCACCUGGGCCAACGAUGCUGUGCAGCAGUCAGCUGUCCAGGACGGCGGAAAGACUCAGGUCAAGAAGAAAGUGGCCUCUGAUGAUUACCUCAACUUUGAUUCGGACGAGUCAGAAGAUGAGGAGGAGGAAGACGGUGAAGAUGAAGGUGCUGCUAAAGAGGCUCUGCAGUCUGGCUUGUCCGAUAUGGAUUACCUGCGAUCCAAGGUGGCACAGACAAAGGACACCAUGGAGGAGAGUGGAGAGGACGAUCAGAGUGAAGGUGAUGGUGAUAAAGACGAUGAUCGUGGCCCAGUGCAUCAGGGAGACAGCGCAUAUGAGAGCGGCGACAGAGACAGCAUCUCAAAGACCAAAACUUCAACAUCCUCAGUGGAUAAGAAGCCAGGCAAAUCCAGCAAAACUGCCAAGCAGGAGACUGAGCCCACUACAGAAUUCACAGUGAAGCUGAGAGGAGCCCCCUUCAGUGUUAAAGAGCAACAAGUUCGAGAGUUCAUGACCCCUCUGAAGCCUGCAGCCAUCAGAAUUGGGAAGAACGAAAGUGGCAAUCGAACAGGUUAUAUAUAUGUGGACUUGCACUCUGAGGAAGAGAUUGAAAAGGCCCUGAAGAAGAAUAAAGAUUACAUGGGGGGACGUUACAUUGAGGUUUUCCGUUUGGAUACCUGGAAAGGUAAAAGUCAGUGGGACAAACGGGACAAAGAAAUCGACAGAAACUUCACCCGGAAGCUGAAAGAGGACGAGGAGGAGGAAGAUGUUGCAGAGUCAGGGCGACUCUUUGUCAGAAACCUUCCCUACACGUGCACAGAGCAAGACAUCAAAGACCUUUUUACUAAACAUGGCCCCCUGUCUGAGGUCCACUUCCCCAUCGACGGCUUAACCAAGAAGCCCAAAGGGUUUGCUUUUGUCACCUACAUGAUUCCAGAAAAUGCUGUGGCAGCUCUGGCUCAGUUAGACGGACACAUAUUUCAGGGUAGGAUGCUUCACCUACUUCCCUCCACUGUGAAGAAGGAGAAGGGCGACUCCUCAGACUCUGGUGGACCCGGCUCCUCGUCUUACAAACGGCAAAAAGAGGCUAAAAACAAAGCUUUGAGUUCCAGUUCCCACAACUGGAACGCUCUGUUUCUGGGCACAAGUGCGGUGGCAGAUGCCAUCGCAGAGAAAUACAACACGACCAAAAGUCAAGUUCUGGACCAUGAAUCAAAAGGUAGUGUUGCAGUGAGGAUGGCUCUGGGAGAGACUCAGAUCGUCCAGGAGACUCGUCAGUUCCUACUGGACAAUGAUGUGUGCCUGGAUUCCUUUAGUCAGGCAGCAGCAGCGAGGAGCACAACGGUGAUCCUGGUGAAGAACCUUCCAGCGGGGGUGACGGCGUCGGAGCUGGAGGAGCUGUUCUCGCCUCACGGCUCUUUGGGCCGCGUGCUGCUGCCGCCCUCAGGACUCACUGCCAUUGUGGAGUUCUUGGAGCCGACUGAAGCUAAACGUGCCUUCACAAGGCUAGCCUACAGCAAGUUCCAUCACAUCCCGCUGUAUUUGGAGUGGGCUCCUGUUGGUGUGUUCACGGCGGCCAAACCAGAAUCAGAUGUAUCCAAAUCUCGAACGCAAGAAUCAGAAAAAGGAGCAGUGGAAGAGGAAGGAAGGGAAGAAGAAGAAGAGGAGGAGGAGGAGGAGUCUGCUCCAGGCUCCACACUUUUCAUUAAGAAUCUUAAUUUCAGCACAACAGAGGAGAAGCUACAUGAGACCUUCUCCAAAUGUGGCAAGGUUAAGAACUGCACCAUCUCCAAGAAGAAAGAUAAAACAGGCAAGCUGUUGUCCAUGGGUUACGGGUUUGUCCAGUAUCAGACUGCAGAAGCAGCACAGAAGGCCAUGAGGCAGCUGCAGCACAUCAGUCUUGAUGAUCACCAGUUAGAGCUGAAGAUUUCAGAGAAAGCCACAAGGUCUGCUGAAGGAUCGCGCAAGAAAAAGCAGGUCGAGAAGAAGCAGAUGGGCUCCAAGAUCCUUGUGCGCAACAUCCCUUUCCAAGCUACUGUCAGAGAAAUCAGAGAGCUCUUCUGCACGUUUGGAGAGCUGAAGACAGUCCGUCUUCCAAAGAAAGCUGCCGGCUCAGGGAAUCACAGGGGCUUUGGCUUUGUUGACUUCCUCACCAAACAGGAUGCCAAGAAAGCAUUUGCUGCGCUGUGCCACAGCACUCAUCUGUACGGGAGACGCCUCGUGCUGGAGUGGGCUGAAGCUGAGGAGACAGUGGAGACACUCAGACGAAAAACAGCCGAGCAUUUUCAUGUGGCCAACAAAAAACUCCGAAAGGCUGAAGUUUUGGAGGGUAUUCUCGAGGACAUGGAGACUGGGGUGGCCCAGGACAACUGAGAUCCCUAAAUCCUGUUGCCUUGGAGAUCUUCAGACAACAUGAGCAGUGCUCCUGUGUUGCUGUUUUGUCAGGACUGAUGGCAAAAUAUGGACCUGAAUGGCCUAGGCUACAGAAGGAGAAAACUAAAUUUAUCAGAUGAUGGACGUUUACGCAGCUUCAUUCACUUCUGGAUUCUCUCCUGAAGCUACAGAUUUAAAGAAUUGUGGCUCAGGGACUGAAUAUGGGACUGAUGUAAUUUUAUACAAACAUAAAAUGUAACUUUGUUCCUUAUAAAAAAAAAAGUCUGUUUUGUGUCCACAA